AUGGAGGGCACGGGCCGUUUCUCGCCGCUGCCUUACCUGGAGGUCUACGACCACGAGCCGCUGGGCGGGGAGCCGGCCCCGCUGCCAGCGGCAGGGCCCCGUGGCAGCCCGGGCGGCCUCAAAGGCGAAGCCUUGACAGCGAACAAGGACGCUGUCACCGCCCGGCCGGGCUGCCAAGCCUUUGAGCGAGCCCGCGGGGCGGCGGGGACCCCAGGGACCGCGCAGCAGGUGCUCCACCCCCCGACGCCGCAGCCGCAGCGGCGCCUCUUCCCCAGCUCGCCCCGGGAGAGCCGCAGUCUAACCGACGUGGGCCGGAGACCCCCUGACCGCGCCCGGAGGCAGCUGCCCCGCAGCCGCCGCCCCGACGAUGACCGCGACUCUGCUGCCAGGGCCUCGAGGCUUGGAAGGGCCAAUUACAACUUGGCCUGGCAGCAACCCCCGCAGCAGCAGCAGCAGCAGACACUGUCUCACUUGGGGAAAAAAGAUAUGCCUGCGCCUACCCCCCGUGGAGAUUACACAGUCCCGCGGGGGACCUUGACGCUGGAGCGGGAACCCAGUGGAGAUCAGUGGGCCACGACUGUGCGCAGGUGCCUGGGUCACUGGGUCCCUUCGUCUCACUCCUUAGAGAAAUCAGCCUUGUCCUCGAAAGAAAUCAGGGUUCGAGCCUCCUCCCUGGAGCCCCGGGGCAAGGCCAUGACCCAGCUGGUGGAAUUCGGAGGCCAGUACUCCCAGACACACGGGGCCAACAAAGAGACUCAGUUGGAACCCUUCCAAAACUUAAAGGACGACCAGACAGAGUCCAUGAUCCCCGCCCGGGAUAAGAAGAUCGUCACCCUCAUGAUGGAGCGGCUGAAGAAGGCCAGGAAGAUACAAGAGCUGCAGCACCAAGCGGCUGAGGCCUGGGAGGAGGUGAAGCGCUGCGACCAGAGGUUCCAGGUGAUGCUGGAGAGGGAGCGGCAACAUCAGCUGUCCCAGAGCAAAGAGCAGUGGGAGCGUCAAAAAGAGGAGCGUCGGGCACGCCUCAGCAAGGAACAGCAGGAGCGGCUGGAAACAUGGGAAAAGGAGAUGGCCUUGAGAGAGAGCAAGUGGAAGCGACAGGUCCAGGAGCAGGAGAGCCAGCGCAGGGAGAAAUUGGAGAGGGCCAGGGAGCAAGCAGAGUACCGAAAGCAUUGCCAGGAGCAGAUGCUGAAAGAAAAGGAAGUGAUGCAGAGGGAUCGAAGGGAGCAGAACAUUCAGCAGCUUCAGGAGAAGAUGGUGCAGGCCUGCUACAAGAGGCAACUCAAGAACUUGGAAGGCAGGAAGAAACUCCAGGAGAAUAAUCUCACUUCCUCAGCCAGUCACCAAGUUCGCAAGGUCCUGCUAGACAGUCAGAACAAGGCUGAGGAAAUCCUAAGGAGACUCUCCCUGGAGCAAAGAUCCCAGAGGUCUCAGGAGAUUCACCAGCGCCUGAUUGAGGAGAGGCACAGAGAGCUGAAAGAAAAGGCCCUGAAAGAGGAAGAACAUCUCCUGUUGGCCAAGUGGCGAGCUGAAGAGACAGAGGAGCAGAGAAAACUGCAUAAAAAAAUGUUAGUGGAGCUGGGGGACCUGAAGAUCCAGCAGGCAAGGGAUAAUGUGCAUAAAAAUAUCAAAGACAAGGCAGAUAGGAUCAGGGAGUUUAACUUUCUUCGGGAAAAAAACCACUACUUUCUAAAACAGAAAGCCGAAGAAGAGGCCAAGUGCCACAUCGAGGGAAUCAAGGAAGCCAUCAAGAAAAAGGAACAGAAGAUAAGCCAGAUCUCCCGAGAGAAAGAUGCCACUAUUGAAGAAUCCCGAAAGAUUGCCCAGGCCUCUUUGCAGAUGAGGGAGAAAGUGAAAGCUCUUCAAGUUUCCUUUGACCGGAUGGCCUGGGAAGCUCAGUUUAAUGCUAGUCUGCAUGGAGGGAGCCACUGA